CGCUUCGACUUGCUCACCAUCCUGAUCACAAAUGAGGCAUUCAUUCGCGCUGCGAGCUCAUCCUUGCUCGCAAAACUCCUGCGAGUCUCGAAACAGACUCGGGCCAUCCUCAACACCGACAAGGUACAGGAACGACUGUGGCUUGCCUAUUUACAAAUCACACCUGAAUUCCUGUUCAACGGUGUCGAUCCCUCCAUCGAUCGGCUCAAAGUGCUGCAGGGACUCUUCUACUAUGCACUUCGCCAGAAUGAGCACAAGCCAACCAGCCCAUCGAUGCUGAAGAAGGAGAACGAGCUCUGGUCCGAAGUCUAUCGAGACAGACAAUUGUUCGACCGAGUGCAACGAUUCUGCCAAGUGACUGACCCCAAGUUCCGCUUCCCCGAGGAAGCAAGACCAAACGGAUCAGAGCAGCCAUCUGUCGAGGAGAUGGUCGCGAUCGCGGAAAGACAAAGCUUCGGCAUAUGCUGGUCGAUACGGGUCAAUUCUCGGAAUCGCCUUACGAUUCGACCCAACGAUAUCACGGACAGAACGGCAUAUGUCUCCAAGCUGUUGCCGUUCGACAUUGCAGGGAUCGACCGCGCGAGGGAAAAGAGGCUGACAAUCGAGGGCGUGUCUUUUCUGGAAGUGUCCGGAUGGCCCAAGACGCUCUCAAAUAUCCAAGGGCUGACUAUCAAGCAUAAAUUAUUUGGACGAGUGGCUGAUCCGCUGAUCAGCUUGGAAGGCAUGCCGAGCGAGUUGCCCAAGCUGAUAGCGCUCGACCUGAGUGGAUGCAGCCAACUGACGUCACUCAAGGGAAUGCCUGAGAUGCCGAUGCUGCUCGAGCUCAAUAUCCCAGUCGGCAUGGAGACUAUCGUGGGUAUCCCUGAGGAGCUCCCGUCUCUCACCAAGUUGGUGAUCUCCUCCCACAUGCCCCACAACAUCUUGAGCCAACUCCCAAGCAUGCCAAGGCUCAAUCACCUCAUACUCCCAAACCGAUUUGUGAGCCUGGCCGAUCUGCAUGUGAAUCAAAGCUCCCUCAAGGUCCUCAAUCUGCACGCGUGCUACGAAUUAAAGUCGCUGGAUGGCAUUCCCCCGUAUCCCAGGCUCGAGAUUCUUCAUGCCUCGUCACAAAUAAAGAGAGUCCGCGGACUGGUUCACAAGCUUCCCUCGCUCAAGACGCUGCAUUUGGAUUCCAGCAUCAGGAUGUUCGAUCGAUCCUGGUUGACUGAUUGUUUUGGUCGAUAUGCUGACUAUUUCAACCUCGGAUGGAGAAUCACAAGCUGGAGGAUCUCUGGAUUACCGAAGGGCUGCCGCGUUGUAUUCAACAAUACGUUUGAGUACACCUUUGGCCGAUUCUCAAGCUGGCUCGGCAUGGAGUUGCUCAAUAUCCUGUGUUUCUUGUAUUUGGCUCUAUCGUUAGUACCUCUCUCUAUCGCUGGCUUAUUUUUUGUACUACUUACUAUGGUAUGGACGAUUGUCCUUGCAAUCACUUUUGGACUGACCAAGCUGUUUUGAGGGCGAUGGUCCAUCAACUGUUCUCGUCGUUCGGAAGGAUGGCUUUGAUGUUGUACGGCUCAGCGACUCGAACUUGUCGGUCCCUGAGUCACUCUUUUCUGCCUCUCAUUGUUUUGCUUCUCCUUGUGCGGUUGUCGAACCUGAAGUGAAUCCAAAUCCCUCAUAAUCUAUGACAGUCCACACACCGCA